AUGGAAAAAUUACAAUUGACCGCUUCGGAUAUUCAGAAGAAUACGGGCGGCAUUUGUGAACCAUUCGAGAUGAAUAUUCGUGACCCUGAAAUGGUCAGCAAGGCGUUCGAUCAAAUUCAGAAGAAAUUCGGCAAAGAUCCAGAUGUUUUGGUUAACAAUGCCGCUGGAAACUUCAUUAUGGCUACCGAGCGUCUCUCCGCAAAUGCAUAUGGUACUAUCAUUGAUAUCGUACUCAAGGGAACGAUGAAUGUGACUACAGAACUUGGAAGACGUUGUAUUAAGAACAAAGCGGGCGCCGCUAUCACCUCCAUCACUGCCAACUAUGCUAGAGCCGGUGGCCCAUUUGUAAUUCCAUCUGCAAUUUCAAAGGCUGGAGUGGAGACCAUGACCAAGUCUUUGGCCACUGAAUGGUCUAAAUAUGGGCUACGCUUCAAUGCAGUCUCUCCUGGACCCAUUCCAACUAAAGGAGCAUUCGGAAGACUUUUCACUGGAGAGAUGGGCGAUGCAGAGGAUUUGAUUCGUACUAGAAAUCCAGCUGGAAGAAGUGGAACUCCGGAAGAAGUUGCGAAUCUUGUCGCAUUUGUUUCGUCGGAUCAUAUGUCGUUUUUGAAUGGAGUGAUUAUUGAUUUGGAUGGAGGACAACAGCAUAUGCAUCAUGGUUCUCAUAUGGGAGAGUUUUUGCAUGAAAUGGACCAGAAGGCAUGGGAUGAGACAGAGAAUUUGAUUCGUGGAAGAACUGGCAAAGAGAAGCUUUGA